CAGGAAGCGACUGGAUUCGUUGAACGGCAGAAUAUGCUGAUCUCGAUAUUCUCGCGUUCAGUUCCCAACCGCAGCACAGGGUCUACCAUGAGAAAGAUCGCUCUUCGCAGACUCGUGCGUGCGCGUCGGUGUUCCGGAAACAGUUAGAAGCAAGAUGAUAUCAAAUGGACCUUCUACCGCUGGGACCGAGCAGUCAAUUCGAUUUCCUUCUUGCUGCGAGAAGGCCCGAGAAAGCCAGUAUGGCAACUUGCUGCCCCUGCAUAGAGCCGCAUUUGCGGGGCGCUGCAGAUUCAUCACAGCGUCAGGAGCAUGUGAGUAGCGAGAUUAGGUUCAGAUGAAAUUAGAGUCUGCCUUUGACUACAAUCUCGUAACAUCCGGUCCCCCCAACCUUAGACAUCGUCGCCUGCUUAAACUUGACAUUGCCAGGUGCGCGGCUGACAAGUCUUCACGGCGCCCUUCCGAUCCAAACUUUCGGAUAUGUCAUUGGACACGGUGAUAACAUGCCCUAUUCCUCCAUCAUCUCUCUCCACAGAUAUGCAACACCCAACCUGUAUCAAUCUGCGUAUUCGAAACGUUGCCGAUGCCAAUCCGGUCCUUCACGCGGUCCGCCUUAACAUCCUGCCCAUGGUUCAUCGCCGACUGGAUGACCAGGAACGUCUCGCUUUGCGUCCCGGCUCCGUUUACGUCUGGGAGGAGCGCAGCAACAACCCCCUUGAAGCUACCGGUCAGGAAAUCCAGCGCUUUACGGAGGGUCGCUGUUGGGGCCCUAGUCGAGCUCGAGAGGACUUCUUGUUAUAUUACGAGAAGGAAGCUACCAAUAAAUCAUCGAUUCUGCAGAGAAUUGGAAGUCUCAGCGAGCCUCUUAUCAAGCAAACGUACUCAGUGUACAUCAACGGGUCUAGGAGUGGCCCGAAGUGGCAUCUCAAUGCAUACUACACGCACGAAACCGCUGACCAACUCCGAACAGUCGACCAGAUACCCGCACUCCGAAAUAUCCAGGUCCCUGAUAGUUUGUACAUUCCAUCUCGCUCAACUGCUGCUCGCAGAAGCUCGAGACCAAGCGGCGGCCAGCGAUCGUCAUUGGACGAAGGUACCGUCCGCGAACCCCAAAAUAGCCGUUCUUCAGACCCUCCGCCGCAAGCUCAUCGCCUUCCUCAGUCCUCUUCAUCCUUCGGGCCAACAUUGCGCCCUAUUCGACCGGCGGCAAAGCCUACUGACGAUGAAGAAGACUUCCCUCGGUUGGCCCCGUUGGAGUACCUUGAGAAUAUAUCCCCUCCAAGACGCCACAAUAUCGACGACGACUAUCUUAGGCAGUUUCGAAAUGUCUCCUGCAUUUAGGUUGUCAGGGAUUCCAUAAAGGUUUACGCUUAUGACUCGACAUCGUUAAACGUGCUAGAUUACACAUGCCUUCUUCUAGUCUAUGGUAUCUCUAUUCCUGUAUAUUAUACAAUUGACAACGAGCGAACCCGAACGCCACUAUACACAUCGCUUCGAGAGUAUUCAAUUGAAGCCUUUUAAGCGGGGGGAUCAUGCGUGCCUUG